AAUGAGUUUCUAUGCAACAGUAAAGAACAUUGGACCACCACCAAUGACAGGUAAUGUGGAGGCUUCGCAUAGAAAGGUUUCACGAGAGAAAAAGGUGUUUGUCUACCCCGAUCCACCAUUCAGCAACAUAGGACAUUUUUUGUCAGGGGAAUCGAAUACAUCACAAUUUGAUGGAAUAUUGGAGAAAGUUGGAAUACAACCUCAAGAUGCUGUACAGCUUCAAUCCGGAGGCUUUCUGAAUACCCUAGAUACAUAUGAUUUGAAAAAAUCAGGCACCUUCUGUAUUGGGACUGCUAAAGCACAUGGUGGUAAAAAGACCAUGGCACCAAGAAGUAAUGAGGAUUUUCCAGGUUUACAAGAGACAGACCUGACAGAGAAACCAAGAAAACAUGAGAAAGAAAAUGAGACACAGGAAGGUCCAUAUUCAACAGAUGAAAUCAUAGAACUUUGUUUACAAUUAUUUGAAGACUAUGACAAAAAAUCAAACUUGGAUUGGAGGAUGCCAAUGCCAAGUGCAACACAAAUUCAUGCCACAUUUGAUCAGGUCCCGGAUCUUGCUCCAAAUAUCCAGCCAACAGAAAUCCAAUCCAUGACGAAUCAAGAGAAAAUAGAAGGGAACCAGGGCAGCCUCUAUCAAGGAAAUCCACAAAGUAAGCCAUGCAACCUAGAGGGUGUCUGUGGCAAAGAUCAGUGUAUUAAAGAUAAUAGUUACCAGAACAAGACAUGCUUAUCCUCCUUAUUUGAUGUUAUUGAAUUAGAAUCCGAUUUGGGCCAAGAAAAUUCAAAGGAGCAAAUGGUGCAUGACAGUGGAACAAUGGCUUUCAAUGAAAUGACCUGUGGCGACUUACUGAUAGAUGUUGAGGUGAUGAAGGAUUUGAUUGAGUGUGACACUGGAACAGUUAAUGCUAAGAAAGAAACCUCUGGGGAAUUAUUAAAAGACAAUGAACUUAUGAAGAACCAGAAAAGUCAUGGCAUUGGAACAGCUGCUAGUGGUGCAGUUACCUGUCGUAAUUCACUUGACCCAGAGCUGCUGAAGUUGUGUGAAUUUGUCAUUGGAACAGAUGAUUCCAAGGAGGUGAGCCAACAACACUUACAAAAAGACACUAAACUAAUGAAGAACCAGAUGACCCAUGGAACUGGAACAACUAGAGCAGCUGAUUUUGAGAAAGUGACCCAGCAAAAUGUAUUAAAAGACACUAAACGGAUGAAAAUCGAGAUGGGCUGUCACACUGACACAUCUGUUAAUAAGGCAGAAGGCUGUGGAGGUUUACAAAUAGACACAGAGCUGAUAAAUAGGAUGGGGUAUGACACCAAAACAGCUAAUGCCAAGGAAGUGACUCAUGAGAACUUACCAAUGGACACCAGCCUAAUGGAGAAUAAUAUGGUCUCUGGUGAUUUACUUACAGGGAUCAAACUAAGAAAGGACCAGAUGGGUUUUGACACAGGAGCAGAUAAUACUGACAUUGGUAUUAUCCAUGGGACAGAAGAAGAUUUGGAGAAAUUUGCACAGAAUCAUACCAAGUUCUUGUCAGAUUUACCUUGUGUCUGCACUGAUGAGAUACCCAAGACAUCAACAAAGAAUCGCAUGACUGAUGAGAUGAUGUCAGCAAAAGAAAUAAUGUCAGAGAAUGAAACUUACAGAAGGCGGCUCAUUAAGAAAAGGCUGAAGAGAACGUUACAGAAUCGGAACAAUGAAACAGUAUCAAAAGUCAGAAGAACAUCGGAUGCAAGCCAGAGUUUUCAGGAAUAUAGCCAGGGAGGGAUUUUUGAGGAAAAUGGGGGAGUGUUGAAAAAAGGGAACCAAAAAGCACUUGUGGAGACAAGCCACCAAGGACUCACAGAGACGGAUAUCCUUGUGGAAAAGCAGUUUCCUAUGUUUGAUACUUGGGAAUUUCAACAUCCCAUGUACAAGGCAAAACUUCAAGAAUCAAGUUUUGGCAAUAUGCCAAAUCUUGAUGAUCUGGGGGUCAAUAUGUAUGGCAUAUAGGUCUUAUGGAAAUUUGCAGAAUUUUGCUGUUUACAAUGAUUGUGAGAUGUAUUUCUUGGCCUCAUUUAUAUGAUAUUGUGGUUAGAUAUGUUAAUUUACUGGUAGCCAGAUAAUUCAGUAGGUAGCGCAUCUGUCUGGAGUUUAGGGGACCCUGGUUCAAAUCUUGGUCAAGUCAGUUGCAUUUUCUGCCAUUUAUAUUUGGUGCUGCGGUUGUCCUGGUUUUCAGCAAUAUUUUCAAAAUCCUUAAUUUGCUUUUAUGUGAGUACGACAUUGCUUUUCCACAAAUCAGUUUAGUACUUAGGGUGACCUGUAUUCAUCCAUGUUUGAUUUGUCUUACCUGUGAUUUUUAAAUGAUCACAGCAGCAAAACUCUGAUAAUUAAACAAUGAUGAUUGAAUAAUGACUGGUGCAAUUCUGUACAGGCCCAGAUGUGAUAAUUAUACCCUCAGGGAUAUAUAUACUUGUCAGUAACAGGUCAGAUGAGGUCCACAAUAAACAGUUUUCAAACACAAUUAAAUUCAUUUGUGCUCAUUCAAAACCUCUUCAUCAAUGUAUGAAGCCAGUCUUGUCUUGGUUUCUUUUGGAUUUGAGUCAAGAGCUUAGAAUUCUUUUGGACAUUAGUGAUGAUUUGUUUUUGGAUUUAGAUAAAGAUCCAAGAUCCAAAUAAUGGUUUCCUGGUGCUGCAGUUUCUCAAAUUGCUCCAAAAAAGCAAAUUAUAUUCUACAUAAACGCAGCCAAAAUAAUAAAAAGCAAAAAAUGUUUGAGUAGCCUCGGCUAAUAAGUUAACAGGAAUGUUUUACACACAACAGAAGGAACAGUUGCUACCUAUUUUUUAUUGACUUAGGUCAGUAGUGGCCCAGAUUUGAACCCUUGGCCUUUCAAUCAUUGAGCAAGCACUCUACCAACUGAGCCCUGAAUGAUUGAAGAGAUACCUUUAAAAAAACACCAGAAAAGCAGUAUGGAUUUUAUAAAGUGUAUCAUCAGGUGUUGUGACCAAACCCUGGAGGUGACAGGUGAAAGAUCUGCCAGGGAAGAACCUAGUUUCUUGUAUGAAGACAUUCAAAAGAAGGGGGAACUGGGGCUUAUGACAUAUUAUAUGAGUUUAUAAUUGCUGAAUCGAUGAUAAAGUUUCUAAUUUUUUGACAUACAAGGGGUGAUCAAAAAGUUCGCAAAAGUUUCUUUUUGAUCUGAAUUGUGGUUUUGUGAAUAUAGAGUUAGUUCGCGAACUUUUUGAUCACCCCAUGUAUAUGGUAAAAAAUCUCAAGAACCACUAGGUCAAAAUCCUCAUGCUUUGCACUUGUGAAAGUAUAAAAAAAAUCCUGUUUA